ACAUAUUUAUUUGAUUGUUAUUGUUGUUGCUAACUUUGUCUCCGACUCCGCCCGCGUUAAUUAACUAGAAAACAAAACAAAAAACACACAGGCAAAUCAAAUGCCUUACAUUAUCAUUCGCGGCAAUUUAGCCUCCUACAGUCACAAGUAUCCAUGGCGUGUACUCGUCUCUGGAUUGAAAGCUGACGACAUCGAACAAUUGAAUAAGUUCUCUUGCGGCGGUUACAGUGAUGAGUCCACAAUUGUUUAUCUAGUGCAUCCUUGUCGCAUAUUAUCAGCAUUAGAGAUUUUGGGAUUUCGAGUUGUGGCCAGCUCAUCGACGGCCGUGAAACAGGACUACAACGAAUAUAUGUGGACAAUGCGCAAGGAGUUUGAUGAACCAGAACCCUUGGAGGCUGAAUCAGUAGUGCGCGAGAAUCUAUCAAAUAUUGGAAGAGAAGCGGCGGCCAGUUUAGGCAAUUAUCACAAAGUUGAUUCACCCGAAUAGAA